GACAGGCUACUGUGUUAGUCCUUCAAAAACAAUCAACUGAUUGAAUCGCGAAUGGCAUGCGAAUGGAUCACACUAGUCGCGCAAUUCACGUUGCGAGACUGCGUGGAGAUCAGUGAAAGGAUAUGUGACUGUGUGAGUGUCCUCGAUGGAAUUGCCACCGUGGAAACGAGGAAAUGUGCAAGCGAAUAAUUUAUCGGAGAGUUUCGAGUGCAUUUUCCGACUCAAACAAGGGUGACCAAGUCUGUCACUAGAGUGGUUCGCGACUGCUACUGACUCUUCGCGUGGCGUGGGGGUGCUCGACUGCAAAAACGGCCGUCAAGGUUUGAUUCGAAGAGUGAGCCGUAGCAGUAAUAACAAAAACAAAACAACUUGCCCUGCUUUUUGGGGUCCAGUUGAUCUACGAUGUUGAAACGAUUGCAAACCGAUGAAGUCCGACACCUGAUGUUGGCUGCCUGGAGAAGAGUGUCCGCUAGUGGUUGUGUGUCUUAGUGUCUAUGUGUGUGUGUUUAUACCGUGAAGUGACCGCGCUAAAUCAACAAAACGACGUCCGACAAGCUAACCGUGGUAGCCGGGGAGAUUAUAAGUGAUCAAGAGCGUGCGUGUGAUUCGGUGCUGGGAAGUACAGCAAGAGUUGCCGAUCGUGCUGUGUGUUGGUGUGUGUGUGGGGGUGCAGUGAACGGUGUCACGGUGCCAGGCGACGGCGGCGACGAUCCUCCGAAAGAUGGUGCAAUGCACUCUGAUCUGGGCCGGCAUCGGUGUGAUGAUGGCCGUAUCCGGCGCACUGCUCGGUUGGGUCGUUUUUCCUCGUGCCGUGCAUGAGAAAGUGAUAGAGGCUACAGAGCUACGGCAAGGCACGGAUCAAUACAAGCGAUGGGAAGCGUUACCACAGCCGUUAGACUUUAAGGUGUACAUAUUUAACGUCACCAAUCCGUACGAAGUUAUGCAAGGACGGCGGCCGAAGGUGGUCGAAGUUGGACCUUACGUUUAUUUCCAAUACCGUCAGAAGGAUAAUAUUCGGUUUAGUCGAGACCGUUCCAAGGUCCAUUACAGUCAGCAGCAGAUGUACGUCUUCGAUCCUGAGUCUUCGUAUCCGCUGACGGAAAACGAUGAUCUUACCGUGCUGAACAUGCACAUGAACAGCAUUUUACAAAUAAUCGAUAACCAAGCAAAGGAAACGAUCACCAAUUUUCGAUCGGACGUGAAUAACACACUCGAAAAAAUUCCCGUCGUUAGAGUCAUUAAACGGAUCAUCGAGCGCACCACGCCGAUCCAAUCCAUACUGCAAAUCGCCGAGGAUGAAACGUACGACAGUUUGCGGCUGAUCAAUGCGGAGCUGAACCGUAUCUUUGGCCGACCGGACACGAUGUUCCUGCGGACGACCCCGAAACAGUUCCUGUUCGACGGUGUACCGUUCUGCGUGAACGUGAUCGGCAUUGCGAAAGCGAUCUGUAAGGAGAUCGAGAAGCGUAACACCAAAACCAUUCGCACCAUGCCCGAUGGGAGUUUACGGUUUUCGUUCUUUAGCCAUAAAAACAUGACCGAUGAUGGAAUGUUUACGAUCAACACGGGCAUUAAGGAUCCAUCUCGCACGCAAAUGAUUGAACAGUGGAACGGACGAACGACGCUCGAGGUGUGGAACAAUCGGAGCAGCGGGUUGGCUUCUUCCUGUAACAAGAUCCGGGGUACGGAUGGCUCGGGCUAUCCACCGUUCCGAACCGGUGUCGAAAGGAUGACGAUCUUCAGCACAGAUAUCUGUCGCACGGUGGACAUUAAGCUGACCGGGCCAUCAUCGUACGAAGGCAUUCCGGCCCUGCGGUACGAGAUCGACCGUAACUUCCUGCACGAAAUUGGGCCCGAGUAUGGUAACGAGUGUUACUGCGUGAACAAGAUCCCGAAGUCGAUCGUUAAAAGCAACGGCUGUCUGUACAAGGGAGCACUGGAUCUAUCCAACUGUUUCGAUGCACCGGUGGUUCUGACGCUUCCUCAUAUGCUGGGUGUAGCCGAGGAAUAUACGGCACUGAUUGACGGCAUGGACCCUGAGCCGGAACGGCACCAGAUCUUCGUGGACGUGGAACCGUACACCGGGACACCCUUGACCGGUGGGAAAAGGGUACAGUUCAACAUGUUCCUGCGACGGAUCGACGCCAUCAAGCUGACCGACCGGUUGCAACCGACCCUCUUCCCAGUCAUCUGGAUCGACGAAGGUAUCGCGCUGAACGAGGACAUGGUGAAGCUGAUCGAUGACAGCCUGAUGAAGGUGCUCAGCCUGCUAGACAUUGUACAGUGGGCACUGAUCGCGGUCGGGCUCCUGCUGGCCAUCCUGAUGCCGAUCGUCUUCUUCGUCAAGCGGUGCCGUGGCAAUGACAGCCGAUCGGUUAGUCCAGCCGUAACGGCCACCACGAGUGCGGCCAGCCUAUCGAUGGCGACGGGCGUUACCCGGGAACGAAGCAAAUGACGCUCGCUGACGAUGCUAAGUCUGGACUGAUGAAAUGCUAGCGCCAACUAGCGAUCAAAACAUUUAGAAGGUGCCAAUGAGAAACGUGUGUUGUACGUGGGGUACUGUGGCACCACAGCCCUACUGCAGGAUGAAUGGGAACUGUGUAUGAAUGGUUACGCCAUGUGUGCGUAACGUUUGAAUGGGAAACAAAUCGCGCGCUUCCAUCCCAAACUGAGUCAGAAACCGAUGCCGUCCAUUUAUCGAACGGGUGUGUGUUUGUGUAUGAGGUUCUUAGGUAACGAUCAACAAGUUUUGAAAUAGCUACCGCCGUUUUUGCUUACGUUUUGCGUACGAUUGUAUUGUUUGUUUUUUUGUUUUCUUCAAAUGAAUGUGAUUUAUCGUAAGUACAUUUUAGUAAGCAAGACAAGGAAAAAGUAAAAACAUUUUUCAAUAUAACAAAUACAAGAAAUUA